AUGUAAUUCAAAUUACAAAAUUUGUUCUCAAAAAAAGAACACAAGUAUCUUUUCGGUGCUUUUGGGAUACUAGCACUCUAUGGUCUGACAAACUUUGUUGCCCAGUACAGAAUUUAAAGAAAAUAUGAUAAAUUAUGUGAAUAGAGGAGGGAGGAACUCAAAAGAUCUAUUUAGUAAUUUAGAUAAUCACAUGAUUUGUCCACAGGUUUAAAUGCUCAAUUGGAAAAGGAUAUAUUAAAUUUCACAAUUUCUGACAUUAAAUAUAUUUUGUUUGAAAAAAAGGCCACAGUUAAACAAGUGUUGCUAGUAUUUAUUAAUAGAACAUUGUCAGUAGCAACCUCGGAUAACUUGAAUCUUAUCACAGAUGUCAACUUCAUAGAAGCAAUACAAGAGGCUGAGAAAUUUCUAUAGAUCCCUCAAAUUAUCUAUAAAUACGAUCUUUUUGGAAUCCCUGUAUCAGUUAAAGACACUUACAUCCAAAAAGGAUUUGAUAACACUUACGGAUUAGCUUCUCGAUUGAAUAAGCCAGCUACCUAUGAUGGAAUCUAAGUAUCUUUGAUCAAAAAGGCUAGAGGUAUUAUAUUUGUAAGAAGCAAUUUACCUCAACUGGCAAUGACUUUUGAAUCUACUAAUAGAAUAUUUGGGAGAUCUCUUAAUCCUUGGAAUAAGGAUAGAGCAGUAGGUGGAUCCUCAGGAGGAGAAGCUGCCUUACAAGCUGCUCGAUGCAGUGUCAUUGGUAUGGGUUCAGAUAUUGGUGGAAGCAUAAGAAUACCAGCUGCAUUUUGUGGAGUUUAUGGUUUUAAACCAAGUAUGGUUAGAUAAACAGAAGUUGGUGAAGGAGUGAUUGAAAAAGCAGCUAGUGGAAUGGUUAACAUACGGCCAUCCAAGGGUCCAUUAGGUCGUAGUGUAGAUGAUCUAAUAGUUAUGUUAAGAGUCUUAUUUGAUUCUAAGAGUUAUUCUGAACUACCACCAUAAAUCUAAGAUCCUUAUUGGUACCCUCGAGACCUUGAUUUCACUUAGAAUGCUAAAAAGGAUAAAUUGAGAAUAGGAUAUAUUGAGUAAUUCAAUGAUCUAUUGCCACCCAAUUGUAUGAAAAGAGCUGUUAAGGAAGCUUGUUAGGCUUUGAAAGACAAAGGACAUGAAAUUGUUGAAAUAAAUUUGGAUACAGAAUUGGAGCAUGAAUUAGCUGUUGCUUUUCCAAGGUUAGUGGCAGCUGAAGGAGGAUUUAAGUCUUUUGGAGAAAAUUUGAAAGGUGAAAAAAUCAUUGAAGAGUAUGAAUUAAUGGAGACAGGAACAAAAAUACCUGUGUUUUUAUAAACAUAUAUUUUGGCACCUUUAUUAAGGAUAUUUGGAUAGAAAACUUUAUAUGUAAUGAGUAAACAAACUCAUGGUUUAGACGUUUAUUAAUUUUUGGUAAAUUCAGGAAAACAAAAGAGAAUGAAUUUUCAAUUUUUAUAAUAUUUGAAAUAAAACUAAAUUGAUGCUGUAAUUGUACCUGGAUUUGGUUGUCCAGCAGUUAAACACGGAGCAUCCAAGGUCCUUCCUUUGGCAGCAUUGUAUACAUGGAUGUGGAAUACGGUUGAUGUUCCAGCUGGAAGUAUGCCGAUUACAAGAGUGCAAGGAGGAGAGGAUUUAAAAAUAGAUGGCAAGGAAAGGACUAUUGAUUUAGUUUAUAUUAUGAUGAAUCGUAAUAUGUAAAAUGCUGAAGGAUUACCCGUUAACAUUCAAGUCAUUUCAUAUCCCAAUCAGGAAGAAAUGGUGCUUAGAGUAAUGAAAGAGAUAGAAGGUGUCAUUAAAUUUAGUGAGAAACAUCCUUAUCCAUAUUGA